CGCUAGGUCUCUCCGUACCCAGCGAAUACGCAAGUUUGAACCGACCGUUAGCGGGACAUCUACCGACCCGCUUGCCUCAGGCAACACCUUGCACGACAUAGCGACCGAGGGAAUUUUUGCUGAUUUAAAAGCGCAAGGAGAUGACGACGAUUCUUCUUCAAUGAUUCUGCUGUCAGGCACGGCAAGGCUGCUGCAGGCCUCGACUGCAGCCGCGGGAACAGCCAUUCGUUCCGCGAUGGGAAAGCUUGCAGAUGAUAAGAAAUGCGAGACGGAACUACAACCGCUUCCGGACGAAAGCGGCGAAGCGCUACGCGAUGCUAGCUUGCUCGUCGGGGAAAAAGAACAUGAUGUCACGAUGUUGCCCGCAUCCAGCAUCAGAAAACCUGAAAGCGACGAGCCGGUAGCUCUGCUUGCGUGGUUGUUGUCACUGGCGGAACAUUUUCAAGGUGAUGGUGAGACCAGCGAACUCGCGGAAAGUUUGCAACAACGACAGUGCUUGCUUCUAUUGCUCUGCCUAGGCGCCAACGGGCUAUCGGAGGUUCGCGAUGCUUGUGGCUUUUCUGCCCCUGCAAUUGCUGACUCGCAGAUCUUUUCGCCAUUCAAGCUCGAAUUGGUGGUGAGCACCACAGCGACGUCGCCGGAAGGUGGCGGAAAUGGGUCUUCAUCCUUAUCGAGUUCAGAGAGGAAAGGCCAAGAACCUAGUACGAGCGGUAGCUUCGUUCCUGGAGGUACCACGAGCAAAUCGAUGAAUGGCGGAUCUGCAAGUAGACCUAUUGACUCCAGUGCGUCAACAUCUUCUGAUCCGGAUCGUUACCGGUUCAACAUUUUCCCCGGCGACGAUGACGAGGAAGAUACAGCACCCUGCACCGCGGACGCGCUACAACCGACGAGGAAGAUGGCAACCGGCGAGGGUACACUAGUUCGAUUCUCUAACAGCGCGUCCGUACGAAUGCUGUUCGCGCUCCGGGCCGCAGGGAUUGUGCAAAGGGACACAGAAAAGGUUAUCGGCGCUGGAAGUGGUUCUUCCUCGUCGACGCGGACAGCUGGUGGCGCGCACUCGUCCGAGCGCAAUUUGGAACGAGAACCUUCGACAAUGUCGUCCAUGGCCUCUACGAGAAAGAUGAACAAAUUGCCGUCUGAGCAAAGGACGGCAGGAGUUUCGGCGAGGGCAGGGGCUGGGUUUGCCGAGGGCGACUCGUUGAUCAACAAAACUUGCACGUCCUCCCGUGCCCCAACCACUUCCAUCAACUUCGAUCUGAUGCGGAAGGAGCGCCGCGAAGCUGCCCUCUUCGGGAUGCCGUGGGUGAAUGCGCGUGCCGUUCUUGGGCACAGUCAUACUCCAGGAGCGGUACCGGCUGCGGUGCAGCAGGUUUCGGAGAGCGGUAAAAAUUCCUCGUCUAACGCGUCUGGAACAACUACCGCUGGAGCCACAGGGAACGCCAAUAGUACAACCGCUUUGAGCGAGCACCGGAUCCUGGACACCGCUCUCUUCCAAUUGCAAGCGCGCGCAAGUCGGUGUCCUCUCACGGUCCGGUUGGUGCGGCGCUUGCAGCCCAUUUUUGACGGACCGUAUCGGGCCUGGUCCGGGUCGCCGGAGCGCGCGCUGCGGGACCGUUUCCAGUUCGACGCGAACGCAUCGACAGACGACAGUACGUUUCCCAGCGACUCCGCCUUCUACUUCUGGCAUCUGGCAAACCUGCGGAGCCUCCCGUUGAAGGACUGUGUACAACUAGGUGAUACAAAAAUGGACCGCAAUCCCGCACCUCAGUGUCAGUAUGAUCUGUACCCGAAAAUAGAGGACGAGCCAUGUGUAUUCCCUGAAAUAACGCAGCAGGCGCACGUGCAGGUCGGCCACGUGGACAAGUUCCAGGUCGCAAAGCAUGCACAGGAGGAGCUUGGCGGGCGCAUUCUGUUUGUGCAGACAGAGUUCGAUCGUGUGCGCCAGGAGCGGAUUCUAAAAUGCAAUCCGGACUUGAGUUCUACCGAGUGGCGGAAGCUGCAAGCCUUGCGCGAGAGACUCACCUACGAAAACGCACGGUGCGUAGACUGCAAAAGCCGCCUGGAAACGGCCGAGGCUGAGCCGCUGCCUGAAGAAGAUGUUGCGACAACGGUUGAAUGCGCACCAAAUAGCUCCAGCAACAAGAAGAAUGAUUCUUUGUCGAGAUCAACAUCCUCUCUUCGAAGUAAAGCGCAGAAGCAGAGCCAAAAGCGGAAACAGGAUUGGUACACGGUUGUGCGCGGGCUUCUGCUAGAGCUAGAGGAGUGGGAAGAGAAAAUUCACGAAACCACAGUGCAGAUUGCAAACUGCACCGAUCGCUUCACUGAAGCAGAGGCAGCUUUUCAGGCAGAUCGGCUGCAGCGAGACGAGCUGUAUGCAUGCAUCGAAGAGCAGCUCCUCUUGGAGCUCGAGGAACUGUUUUGCAGGCAACUCCAAAACAGCACUACGGACUUUUAUUUCAAUCGGACUGCUGGGGAACGACCGGAACAGGACGAACUCCUGCGGGAGGACAUGACCAACUGGGAGCCGCACAGUCACCUGUGGGACCGGGAGCACGCUAUUCUGAUCGCGGAGAAGCGGAAACUGCUCGAGUCCGUGUACGACACGGUGGACCAGGUGGGGGAGGAUUACGAGAACCAUUUUCGUAAUUUGAAGGCCAAACGCGAGGAGUUCGAGGCACUGAGCACCUACCGCGCGAAGCUGCGCGAGCGGGAGGCCUUGAUCCGCGAAUGUGUCGCUCUCGAACGGAAGGAUAGGGCCGCGACGGGGUCGGCCGGUGCGGGUGGACAACAUGGGGUCGUCGGGUGUUCAUCUUAGGUAUAUCGUGGUGGCCCCGCACGCCUUUCUCUGCAUUUCUGUCUUUGCGUUUGCUGCAGUAAGUAUACAAAAUGGGUAUGUUUGCUUGUUCAAUGAGCAUGAUUAUGAUUGAGAGUUAUGGUGAAAACAAGAAUCUGCACAAAAUUUCGUUAUGCCUGCAAAAGGUAGAGCUAGAGAACAGAAUAAUACUGCGAGAGACUGCUGAAAACAAAAAGUUAAAGUUUCAAAACGGCUGUACAACUUCUAUGAACGGCGCAGACGGGAGAAAU